CUUGUCCAUAACUCCAAAAAGAAGUCCUUUUUAUUUCUGCAAUUUCAGAAUUUAUUUUCUGUUCCCAUUUUGCCCCUCUCGUCUCGUCUACCUCGUCCAACUGAAACACCCCUGCUUCCUCCCACAGUGAAAGCAAAAGCGAAGCCCCACCUUCCACUGUGUGUUCCUGCGUGAGAGAGAAAGCUUUACCAACAGUGAAACCCUAGGAUAGGAGCGUAUACAGAGAUUCUGAGUUCUCAUGAAGGGUUACAGAGACAAUGGUGGCGCUGCUGGUGGUUUUGGAGCGCGAAAUAAGACAGUGUAUGACGACGUAUUUGGUGGUCCGCCGAAGUUUGGAGCCACAACUCUUCCUCCUCGCCUUGAGGAUUACACUGAGAUUUUCCAAGGCUUUCACGCCUCCCGAGGCUCUUCAAUUCCUAUUCUAGAUCUUCCGCCGCCGUGCAACGAGUCCGACGACGUUUGGUUUGAUUUGCAGAGCUCUAAGCUUGAUUACUCUGAGGUUUUCGGAGGCUUCAACGGCCUCGAUUUUGCAGUUUCGUAUGAAGAACUGUUUAAAAUCUCCAAAGUUGGGGAUGGUGAUUCCUCGGAUGAUGUUUGGACUCCUGCUGAAAGUGAAACAUUAUCAGAUGAAUUAGAUCCUUACGCCUCAAUGGAGAUGAAUCAACAUGUAUCCACUGAAGACCCCAUUGAAUUAUUUGGUGUACAAUUACAAUCCGAGCCUAAUUUUGAAGAAGAAAAAGAUCUGAUCAUAAAUGAUUCUCAAUUUCUUGAUGUCCCUAAUGAAAUAGAAAAUGAGAAACUGUUCUCAUUGGCUAACAAUAACAAUGAUGAUUCUUCAAGUAAUCAUUUUGGUGGAGUUUCAGAAAGGAAACAACUCAAGAAAUCUCUUUCACAACCCUUAGAUAAUGUUUAUGACACAGAAAGAUAUAAACCACAUCUUUCUGUAUCUGAUCUCAGCCUUAAAACUCAGCCUUCAAACUUACCACCACCCUCAAGGCCUCCACCUGUCUUAUCUUCAAAAAAGGGGAAUUCAAAACUGAAAACUUCUAAAACAUUUGCUUUUGAAAAGAUGAGAGGUGACAGAUCACCACCUUACUUUGAUGUUGAGAUAGAUGCAAGUUCUUCUGCUGCUGCAGAUGCUGCAGCCAUGAAAGAUGCAGUUGAGCAAGCUCAAGCAAAGCUCAGAAGUGCAAAAGAGUUGAUGAACAAAAAGAAAGAGGCUCUUCAAAUCCAUUCAAAGAAUAAUGUAGCAGAUAAAAAGGAAAGGGUAAAUGGGGAUGAAAGAGAAAGAGAAAGAGAAAGACACAAUAAAAAGAUUUCACUUGAAUCAUCAUAUGAGCAGAAGGAAGAUUUUGAUUUUAAAAAUGUAGAAGAAAGAGAGAUUUUUAAUGGAUUGAAUGAGGAAGAUGAACACAUAAAGGAAGAUACUUUAUCUCAUAAUAAUAUUACUUGCAAACAAAAUGAGGAAGAAAUUAAGACAAGUGAAGCUGAUGAAAGUGAAUUGUAUGAUAACUUGAUAGAAAUUCAGCUAAAAGAUAAUGACAUGAAACCUGGAGUAAAACUAGUAGAGGAAUUUUACAAUAAAACCCCUGAUGAGUGGGAAGAUUAUAAUAUUGCUGCAUUUCAAGAAGCUUUUGAGAAAGAACACAAGAAGGAACUAAAGGAAUCUGAAGAACAGGUGGGCCCACCUGAAGAACAAGAUCAUGAUCAUGAAAGUGAAGAAGAGAAAAUCUUACAUGAAGAAGAUGAGAUAAUAACAGAGGAAACACAAAAUGCUGACGUGGCACAGAAAAACGAGACAAUACAUGAAACGAAAGAAGGAAGUGAGGAAAUGGUUUCUGAAAACGAUGUAAUUGAAAAGGAAGAGGAGUUGACUGAAGAAGUUGAGUCAAACAUAGAGGAGAUUUCAGAUGUGGUUGACCAAGUGGAUGAUGAGUUGACUUCUGUAUCAAAAAAUGAAGCAACCCUAAACAACCCCAUAAACAAUAUGCAAAGUGUGAAAGAAACAUCAAUGGAGAAGAAUGAUGAGAAAAACAAGGAAAGAGAAAAGAUGGAGAGAGAAAGAGAGAGGAUGAGAAAAGAAGAAGAAGAACGAGAGAGACAAAUAGAAAGGGAAAAGGAUCGAAUGGCAAUUGAUAGGGCAACACUUGAAGCACGUGAAAGGGCGUUUUCGGAAACUAAGGAAAGAUCAGAAAGGGCGGCUGUGGAACGCGCUACAGCCGAGUAUAGACAACGGGCUUUGGCUGAGGCUCGGGAGAGAUUAGAAAAAGCAUGUGCUGAGGCUCGGGAAAGGUCAUUGGCGGAAAAGACGAUGGAGGGUAGGCUAAGGGUAGAAAAAGCAACCGCUGAGGCACGUGAAAGAGCCGAAAAAUCGGUUGAUGAUAAGUUUAGUAAUUCUAGAAGUAUGGGGUUAAGAUAUUCCACUCAAAAUGCAUCAUCUUAUAAUGGAGGUGAAAGCGAAUCACCACAACGGUGUAAAGCGCGCUUAGAAAGGCAUCAAAGAACAGCUGAUCGUGCAGCAAAAGCAUUGGCAGAAAAAAACAUGAGGGAUCUUCUUGCCCAAAAAGAACAAGCAGAAAGAAACAGAUUGGCUGAAAGUCUUGACGCUGAAGUAAAAAGAUGGUGUAGUGGGAAACAAGGAAACCUACGUGCAUUACUUUCAACCUUACAAUAUAUUCUCGGGUCGGAAAGCGGGUGGCAACCGAUUCCUUUAACCGAAGUUAUUACUACUGCCGCUGUAAAAAAAGCUUACCGAAAAGCAACUCUUUGUGUGCAUCCAGACAAAUUACAACAACGUGGUGCAAGUAUUCAACAGAAGUAUAUUUGUGAAAAAGUUUUCGAUCUUCUCAAGGAAGCGUGGAACAAGUUUAACUCUGAAGAACGGUAGAUGUGAAGGAUUUGUGGUUUCUUGAGUUGAAUCAAAAGCAAAAGGAAGUAAUUUUUAUAUAUUUUUGUCACGUGGUUUUUUCUAUAUUCUAUAAUGUAUCAGUAAUUCAGUAUCAAUUCGUUAUUAUUACCGAUCUACCACUUGAAUUGAUUUGACACGUGUGGGUUGGAAUCAUAUAAACGAGGAUCAAGUAUGAAGAAUAGGGGUGAUAUAUUAUAUAUUCUUAAUUCUUAAUUAAUGGAAGGUAUCGAUUCAAUGGGUA